AUGCCUCUUUCUGCCGAGGUCUUCACGGCCCUCUUCGUGGCAAUCGGUGCUUGUUCUACCUCCUCCUUGGCUGCCGACGUCUUCAGCAACUCGUUCUUGGUGAGGUUCAAGCGCGAGAUGGAGCCAAGAGAGGCUCAGGAUAUCGCCCAGCGGCACGGGUUUGUUAACAUGGGACAGGUCCUGGGUUCCAAAUCCGAAUACCAUUUUAUCAAUCAUGCGAUACCCAUCGCUCGAACGAAACGAAGCAUACCUCACAUGAGAAAACUGAAAGUUGAUCCAUUGAUUCAUACGGCGAUCCAGCAGCCCGGCUUCGUUCGAGUCAAGCGAGGCUACAAGCCCCUGAAAGUGGAGAACCUCGUCAAGAACAUCGAACCUCACGAAGAUCCCACCGAUCCGUACUUCCCCUUUCAGUGGUACCUGAAGAACACUGGCCAGAAUGGCGGGAAGAGCAAGCUGGACUUGAACGUAGAAGCGGCUUGGGCGCAGGGGGUCACCGGGAAGAACGUUACCACCGCCAUCAUGGACGACGGAGUCGACUACAUGCAUCCGGAUUUGAAAUUUAAUUACAACUCCAAAGCCAGCUAUGACUUCAGCAGUAACGACCCUUAUCCGUAUCCGAGGUACACUGACGACUGGUUCAACAGUCAUGGUACCCGUUGUGCAGGAGAAGUAGCAGCUGCUAGAGAUAACGGAGUGUGUGGUGUUGGAGUCGCAUACGAUUCUAAAAUUGCUGGUAUAAGAAUGCUGGACCAACCUUACAUGACGGACCUGAUCGAGGCCAACUCGAUGGGGCACGAGCCGAACCUCAUCGACAUCUACAGCGCCUCCUGGGGCCCCACAGACGACGGCAAAACGGUGGACGGGCCUAGAAACUCCACCAUGAGGGCCAUCGUCCGAGGAGUAAACGAGGGCCGCAACGGGCUGGGCAACAUCUACGUAUGGGCGAGCGGCGAUGGCGGCGAAGACGACGACUGCAACUGCGACGGCUACGCGGCCAGCAUGUGGACGGUGAGCAUCAACAGCGCCAUCAACGACGGCCAAAACGCGCACUACGACGAGAGUUGUUCGUCCACCUUGGCGUCGACGUUCAGCAAUGGCGCCAAGGAUCCCAACACCGGCGUGGCAACUACCGAUCUGUACGGCAAAUGCACUACCACUCAUUCCGGCACUUCUGCAGCUGCUCCGGAGGCCGCAGGUGUGUUCGCCCUCGCCCUAGAAGCCAAUCCGAAACUGACGUGGCGAGACAUCCAGCACCUGUCGGUGCUGACGUCGAAACGCAACUCGCUGUUCGACGCCAAGGGACGCUUCCAGUGGACGAUGAACGGCGUCGGCCUCGAGUUCAACCACCUGUUCGGCUUCGGCGUACUCGACGCAGGCGCCAUGGUGGCGCUGGCUAAGCGGUGGAAGACGGUGCCGCCGCGGUACCACUGCGAGGCGGGCGCAGUCACGGAAAUGAAAAAAAUUCCCUCGCAAAAAUCGUUGAUCAUGAAAAUCACGACCAAUGCAUGCUCAGGCAGCAACACCGAAGUCAGAUAUCUGGAACACGUUCAGGCCGUCAUAACGCUCAACGCGACUCGCAGAGGAGACAUUGAACUCUUCCUCACCUCACCUAUGGGAACAAGAUCGAUGAUCCUUAGUAGACGACAAAACGACGAUGAUUCACGUGACGGUUUCUCAAAGUGGCCUUUCAUGACCACCCACACCUGGGGAGAAUAUCCGCAAGGCACUUGGCUGCUCGAGGCCAAAUUCAAUUCCCAAAUGCCGCAAUCUGGUUUCGUGAAGGAAUGGACACUGAUGCUGCACGGAACAAAAGAGCCCCCGUACACGGAACUGCCCGUUUUGGACCCCCACUCCAAGCUGGCUAUUGUCAAGAAAGCUCACGAAAGUCGAAGCAAAAUGUAA